AUGGAUUUAUUUUUUAUUCCACCACGAAUUUGCUGGUGGAGGGUAUUGUUUCUUUUGAGCAUCUUUCAGGACUACUUGAGCAAUAUGCUGGACUGCCCGCCAACCUGCAGCUGCUCUCCAACUGAGAUCUAUUGCAAUAAGUCUGACAAUGGGAAAUUCUUUCCUCUGCUUGCACUGCAAGAUACUGGGAACAAUGGAAAUAACAGCAUCGAAGAUCUGUUCAAGAACAUCACCUCAAUACACAUUGAGAACUGGACUGGCCUGCAGACCCUGAAGGAUGUGGACAUGGAGCUGUACACUGGACUUCAGAGACUAACGAUCAUGAACGGCAACCUGCGCGGUAUCCAGGCCAGAGCCUUCUCCCAGAACCCCCACCUGCGCUACAUAAACUUAUCGAAGAAUCCUCUGACGACAUUAUCAUGGCAACUCUUCCAGAAUCUUCAACUCUUCGAGCUGAGGCUGGAAGAAGUGGUGUUUGAGUGUGGCUGUGAUAUCCGCUGGAUUCAGCUGUGGCAGCAGCGAGGGGAGGCUGGCCUGCACACCCAGCUGUUAUUCUGCAACAACGGAGCCUCCAAGAUCCCUCUCCAGGCUAUGAAUAUCUCCCUCUGUGACUUGCCGGACAUCAGUGUGACCCACUAUAAUCUCACAGUGAUUGAGGGGGACAGAGUCACUGUCACCUGUAAUGGAUCUGGAUCCCCCCUCCCUGAGGUGGACUGGACCGUCAAUGACCUCCACUCCAUCAACACUCACCAGUCCAACGUGUACUGGCCCAAUGUCCACUCCAUCAACCUGACCCUGGUCAACGUGAGCCGUGAUGACAACUUCUACAUACUGACCUGUAUAGCAGAGAACAAAGUGGGGAUGGCCAACGCCUCCAUCCAGCUCACUGUCCAUUUCCCCCCCACCAUCCUGAAGCUAGACGAGCCCGAGCGUCGCCAUGAAACCUGCAUAGAGUUCACAGUGCGUGGCAACCCCCAGCCUACCCUGCGCUGGUUCCACCGGGACAAGGAGAUCCCCCCCAGUGACUAUAUCCGCACUGAGAUGGAUACCUACCAGGACUACCUAGAGGGAUGCCUCAACUUUAAGGACCCCACGCACCACAACAACGGCAACUACACUCUGGAAGCUAGCAACUUCCUAGGAGUCACCACCAAGACAGUGUAUGGACACUUCCUCAACGCCCCUUUUUCAGACGGGACUCCAACACCGACCAUCACAGUAACACACAGGCCUGAGGAGGACACAUUCGGGGUGUCUAUUGCUGUGGGCCUUGCCGGAUUUGCCUGUGUCCUUCUUGUUGUCCUGUUUGUUCUCAUCAACAAAUAUGGCCGACGUUCGAAGUUUGGAAUGAAAGGACCAGUAGCAGUGAUCAGUGGUGAGGAGGACUCGGCCAGCCCCCUGCACCAUGUCAACCAUGGCAUCAUCACCCCCUGUACCCUUGACGCUGGACCAGACGCUGUGGUUAUCGGGAUGACCCGUAUCCCUGUCAUUGAGAACCCGCAGUACUUCAGACAUGGACACAACUGUAACAAGCCUGCUACCUAUGUACAGCACAUAAAGCGUCGGGACAUCAUUCUGAAGCGGGAGCUGGGAGAGGGGGCCUUUGGGAAGGUGUUUCUGGCAGAGUGCUAUAACCUCAGCCCUACCAAGGACAAGAUGCUGGUGGCUGUCAAGACGCUGAAGGACCCCACCCUUGUAUUUUCUCAGACGCUGAAGGACCCCACCCUUGCAGCGAGAAAAGAUUUCCAGAGGGAGGCGGAACUAUUGACCAACCUGCAGCAUGAGCACAUUGUCAAGUUCUAUGGUGUGUGUGUUGAUGGAGACCCCCUCAUCAUGGUCUUUGAGUACAUGAAGCACGGGGACCUCAACAAGUUUCUCAGAGCCCAUGGGCCCGACGCUAUGAUCCUGGUUGACGGACAGCCGCUGCAGACCAAUGGGGAGCUGGGCCUGUCUCAGAUGCUGCACAUUGCCACUCAGAUCGCCGCGGGGAUGAUGUACCUGGCCUCCCAGCACUUUGUGCACCGUGAUUUAGCCACUCGGAACUGCCUGGUGGGCAACGGCCUGCUGGUGAAGAUUGGGGACUUUGGAAUGUCCAGGGACAUCUACAGCACAGACUACUACAGGGUGGGGGGCCACACCAUGCUGCCCAUCCGUUGGAUGCCCCCUGAGAGCAUCAUGUACAGGAAGUUCACUACAGAGAGCGACGUGUGGAGCUUUGGUGUGAUCCUCUGGGAGAUCUUCACCUACGGGAAGCAGCCAUGGUUUCAACUGGCCAACAAUGAGGUCAUCGAGUGUAUUACGCAAGGACGGGUUUUGGAGAGGCCACGAGUUUGUCCCAAGGAGGUGUAUGACAUCAUGUUGGGUUGCUGGCAGAGGGAGCCCCAGCAGAGGCUGAACAUCAAGGAUAUCCAGAAAAUCCUCUAUGCCUUGGGCAAAGCUACGCCUGUCUACCUGGACAUCCUGGGCUAG